GACUGUCCUGUGCAGGCGUGUGAAACCAGAGGAGCGCUGUAGUCGAUGUCCUUUCGCCUCUUUGUGGCUCUCUAUUUAAAUGACCACGAAUAUAAAGCAUGACGUGUUGGGACAGGUAGGAGCGGGUCAAGUUCAGACGAGUCACUGCGUGGGCUGAGCAAUGCGUCGCAUCUUCAUGUUUAGGGCAGCACUGCAUGGGUUAAGCUCUAAUGAUCCAUAAAGUUGUUUUUAUAUACACAAAGUGUGCGUCUGCUUGUCCUCGCAUCUCGCGUCUUUUUUUCUUCUUUUCUUUUCGGCUGAGUGCCAUGUCAUGCUGUGAAGCUUAGUAUCGGUUUCAGUGGCUGAUAAGGUGCACGGCACAUCAAGUGUCUGACAUGGAGGAGACCGAGGAGCUCUCAGAAGUCAAGAAGACCGAUCACUGUUUUGAUAAAACGUGUUCAGCCAUAACCGUGGAUGAUGUGUAUGAAAUAGCUAAACUGAUCGGCACCGAGGUGGAGAAACUUAUCGAUGACUACGGCAAAGAAAGCGCCGUGGGACUGGUGCCCAAAAUAGUGAAAGUACUGGAGCUGUUGGAGAGCUUCGCCUCGAGGAACCACGCACACAAGCUGCGGGAAGAGGAACUGUUGAAAACCUUUGAAACGUUACAGCUACAACAGCAGAAGAAACAGCGGGCCGCGAAGGACGGCGAGGAGGGGAAAGACGGCAAUGAAACACGGGAGCUGCAGCAGAAGCAGGAGCAGUGGAGGAGGAGAUGUGAGGACUUACAGGUCCAAGUCCAGCAGCUGCAGGCGGACAGGGACCAGCUGCACAGCAGGCUGAAGGGCACCCAUGCACAGGAAGACCGUGUCCAGCGGCAGGAGAGAGAGGUGAUGCUGAAGCUGAAAGACGUGGUGGACAGACAGAGAGACGAGCUGAGGGCCAAAGUGCAGGAGAUCACCACCAUCUCCAAAGAGGUGGAAGCGCUCCAGGAGCAGUUAGAGCGCUUCAUGAAGAUGAACGGGGAGCUGCGGCACAAGCAGAACGUGCUGCAGGCGCAGCUGAAGAGUACAGUAGAAAGGAAGGCCGACAUGGAGGCCGACCUCAAAGAGAAACACAAGGAGAUUCAAAACCUCCAGGCACAGCUGGACAAAGCCAACACUAGCAGCCCUUCCAGCCCAUGUCCAGCGUCUCAGGAGCCAACAGAGCAGCUGGCAGGGAACCAGAAGGACUCCGAUCAGCCGUGCUUCACUAAGAAGGAGGUGCGAGACAUCCUGUUCGAGAGGAAUGAGCUCAAAGCCAACCUGUUCCUGGUCCAGGAGGAGCUCAGCUACUAUCAGAGGGAGAUCCUGAACGAUGAGAGGUGCCCAGGCUUCCUGUUGGAGGCCGUCCGCUCUGCCAUCAAGAAACAGAGAACACUCAUCAAGGCCAAGAUGCUGGGCAUCCGUGUGGAUGAAUGCAGCAGUGACGAGGAGGAGAAGGGUCCCCUGUUCGAGCGGACUGAAGUCGAUGGUGCUGACAAACAAGGGGAAUCUCGCAUUCGAAACCUCUUUGGUUUCCUGACUCGGUCUGGCAGCGGCCGCAGCCUCACCCACAUGAGCAACUCUGCCUCCACCUGGGAGAUCAUCGGAGACUCGGAGGCCAAUGGGGAAGCCGAGCAGCAACCGUCUGCCUGAGCCUGGCACCGACCCGGGAGCUCUGGGUGUGUUUCCCCCAAUUUGAUCUGCACAUGAUCUGGAAAAAAAACAACAACAAAUCAGUAGCUCGUUUUAACUUGCUUGCACCUUCCCCCUUGACCUGUUUCGCAGAAUCUGUCGUGGCUCAGGAAAAAGUGAUGAGGACAGGGUGGAUUUUGGACUUCAUGAAUGCAGCCCACAAAUGACACCAUCAGUGUGUAGGAAGUCCUCUUUCAAGUUGUCUCACGCAUAAUAUUCUAAAAAAAAAGUCCCCUCAGCUUUCUCUUUGCUCUGUUGCUCUUUUUUCAGACAUAAUUUCUCUCAUUUCCUCUUUUCUAAAAUUCACGCUGGCCCCUGGCUCCCCUUCUCAGGAGUCGUAAAUAAGAGGAACAGUGAUUAUACCUUAUAGUGUACUACAGUAUUACCAGGAAUAUGUUUUAAACUUCCUUUUAAAUUUACUCAACAAAGAUAUUUUUCUUUAUUGUAGGUUUUUUUUUUUUUUUUUUUUUUUUUUUUAAUUUUUGGUCUUGGAUAUCUAAAAAGAAAAAGUAUUAUUACUCAUAAGUAUUUGUGUAGAUGUUUUAACAUUAAAAAAAGCCAAAGAUAUCACAAAGAAAUGAAACUGUCCACAGUAUUAAUGUGGAGUAUGUCUAAUAAAAUACACCUCUGUUCCACAAGAGGGCAUUGGUUCAUUUAACAACUGAUAAAUCAGAUUUUUCCAGGUAUUGAAAAUGUGGCAUUUACCUCAUGGGGAAAUUUUUAAGCCAUGUCUACCCACCUUUGGGUGUUUUUGAUGACUUACGGCACUUUUAUGAUAAAGUAAAAAGCAUCUUGCAGUCUCCACAUUAUCUGUGAGUACACUUUGCUCCACCAGCCUUAAUUUACUACUUGUACAUGAAUUUGUGAAAAUUAUGUUUUUUAGCUUCAGCGGUCAGUUCUUGCAUCAGGCACAAGGCCUUUGGCUGAUGUGUUUUUGAUGGUGAUGCUGUCAAAUGAGGAUAUUGUUAUAGCAGAAGAAUAAUAUUAAAUGUGCAUUUACAGAUUUGUCUGUCCAUUCCCAGAUCUGUGUAUGCAUUUACAGAUUUGUCUACGCAUUCAUGUUUUUUAAAAGUACAUUUUUAUAUGAUAUAUUAUAAUUUGGAUAUUAAAUUUUUACACAUUUGCAAAACUGGAUACAGAUUUUAGCACACAUUUACAUGUUCACAAAUUUCAGUACACAUUCUUUGGCACGUUUAAAAAUUUGCUUAAGCACACACACAGACUGAGAUACAGUUGCACAACUCUCCACACACAUUUGCAAGAUAAUUCUGCUACACUAAUAUCCUCUUUUUAAAUGUGUGUGUGUGUGUGUGUGUGUAUGCAUGCACACACUUUUUAACUAGGGUACCAGCUUCUGUAGGUCGGUUAUGUUGCUUUAAAAAGGAAGUGUGUGCUUUCUUUGUGGAAAUGAGAUAUGCUGUUUGUCUUUUUUUUUUUUUUUUUAAUCUCUGCCAUCUCUAGCUAAAGCACAAACACAAACACACCAAACCAGCUGCGUCUGACCCCUGUAAAGAGAAAGUGAAAGAGCUGUGGCACUCUGUUGUAGGAGACGACUAAUGACUUCCCUGUAAAAACCUAUUUUCCUACAAUGUUGUGUGUACAAAUUAUUUUUGUAAUGGAAAGGUUUUUGCCUGUAAAACAGAUUGAAGAUCUCAGUGGCAAUGUAAGUUUGGGGUUUACUGAAUGUGUGAUCCAAGUUUGAAAUGUGAGCGUGUCUGUGAUAUAUACAAUGUAUAGUUAAAAUAAAAGAAACUACAACAUGAA